CUGAGAGCUCGAAAAAGUCAAUCCAGUAAUAUCUCUACUUCGGUUGAACAAGAAGAAUCAACAUAACUGAAGCUGAUAUUCUGACAUGCUCUUCUUGCGGAUGAGAGAGUCAUAGAAGAAGCAUUUAUCACGCAUGCCCUCUUAACCGUGCAUGUGUUGAUAAUGAUCAUUCCACAACCACAGAGCUUCAGUUGGAUGUCGAAAUGCUUGAGUCGUUAACUGUAACAUCACCAACAGUUGAAACUGUUUUAGUCUGCGCUUCGUGUAGAGAGGAGGGCCAUAACAGAAAUACGCAUUACGCAUGUCCAAUGAAUCGUGCAGUCAUUCACAAUGAUCAGCAUUCGUCAAACAUGACCCAAAUCGACAUUGGAAGAUAUUUUAUUGACCAUCUGGACGUUGAAUGUAGUAGCUGUGCUGCUUUAAUGUGGAUUGAUGAGAAGAAAAGCAAUAGCAGUUUACUUCAUCCAAAGCUCCGAACGUGUUGUGCUGACGGGAAAACUCUGCUGAAGCCUAUUAAACCAUCUGGAGGAAAAAGAAGAUAUAGAGAAGCUCAAGAAGAAGCAUCUUAACAAAGGAAAAGAUACUGUAAAUGUUGUAGAGCUGUUCUUAUGUGAUUAUGUCUCGGGCAAGUGCGAUCAUAUUAUGUCUCAGUUCUCUGAUAGCGAGUCUCUUGCUAGACUUGCAAAAGACGAUAAACCUAAGGAUGAAGUUGGGAUGUCUCAAAUAUAUAAAAUUAUGUUUGAAACCGAGAGCCCUCUAAAUGUUGAAGUGGAAAGUCCUCCUGACUAUACAGAGUCUGCCUAUGAUGAACAUCCUAUUCUGAACACUGACAGUACUGUUUACCAUUUCGAUGAUAAACUAAACCCCAACAAUAGCUUUUCAUGCUAUAUCAACGCUCUUUUUACACUACUACUUCGCUGUGUUAUCCCUUAUAUCAAAU